AUGUUGGAAAUCAAUACAUCCAUAUCUGAAAACAGACAACUAGAGAUUCCACAUCAGAAAAAGAGCUGCUUAUCACCUCUAGCUAGCUUCAUUUUUCCGGAUUUUAGAGCGUUGUUUAACAUAGGAUUUAGCUUGUGUACUAAUUUGAACUAUAAGGAGGUGGAUAUUAACGGAUUUGAAAUUUACAUUGUUGAACAAUGGGCAGCUCAGAGAAAGAUAUCAACUUUAAUCACAUCAUAUACGGGCAAUUUACAAGAUACCAUUUCUGCAGUUGAGGUUGCUCUUCCUGAAGAUCCUGCGGAAUGGCCAAGUUGUUUGAAAAAAUACUAUAAUGAAUUAUUGAAAUUUUCUAGUCCAAAGAAGACCACGAAAGGAACUCUGUUUAUUACGAAUCUUUCCUCUUUCAAAUCCACUCUCAAUUUAUUGCAUGUUGAAUGUGGUAAUCUAAAAAAAAUCUGGAAAAACUUUAAAACAAACUACGACUUGAAAAGACUGCAUUGUGGUGGGCGUUCAGCUCAGUUGUUGAAAAGAACACCUAGUGCUUCAAUAGCUAAGUUUGCUCAGUUGUAUAAAUUUCCAAACUCAGCUUUCGCUCAUGAAAUAUCUUCGGAUUUUCAACAAACUCUAGUUCAUAAUGACAACGAUUCUGUAAGUGAUAUAGAUAAUGUUGCUGUAAACUAUUGUCCUGUUGUAGAGUUGACAACUUUAAUACAGAUAUCACUUAGUUAUUUUGCGCUGUUUGAGUAUAAGAAGGAAAGAGAUGGCCUAUUAUGCAAUGGAACGAAGCAAUCACUUGAAAAAUGGUGGGAAAUAUAUGGCAAGCGGUAUCUUGGUAUCGACAAACCAAAAAACGAGACCAUACUUGGUCCAACUACAGUAGCAUCACUGCUUAGCCUUGUACUAACAUGUUACUUCAAAUUAAUGGUAGAAGAUUGCAUGUCGGCAAAAGAUCCAUUCGACGAAGAAGAGUUUUAUUCUGGUCUUUAUGCAUUUCAAAAAAAAUGCGGACUGUCUAAAAACAAUAGACAGACUUCCUUGGACGAACAAACAAUUGACAAGUUAUUUGAAGUGUCUUCCAAGACCUCAAAUAAGGACAUUUUCAAAUUUAAAAGGGUUGUGAAGUCAACAGUGCAAGAUAUGACUGGGAAAGGUAAUUUUAUGCACCUCUCUAAUGAAAUCUUAACAACUGAUUUAGACACGCUGGUAAAGAACAUACAUGGUGGAUCCCUUGGUAAGCUUUGGAAAGGAAAAAAUACGUCAAGAAAGGAAACCUGUAUGGUUUGGGAAAGAAAGACCUUUUUAAGUUUUAAGUUUGAACGUGGUGACCCGUCUUUACAAUUAGAUAACAAUGAGCUAUUCUAUGGCAAAGUUGUGUCAAAUGAGCCGUUAUCAACACCUAAUAAUAGUGAGGGUGGUAUUACACAAUCAACAAAAAGAAAUAGCACAUAUAAUAAUAAUAAUGCUUCAGCAUCAUCUCUAUCUGUCUCAUCCAUGUUCUGUAAUUAUGAUGAAACCCGUUAUACAAGCACCAGCAAUCUUAAUAGAGCUUAUAGAGGAGAAUAUUUUCGGCGUAAUUCAAUCCCAUUUUGUAACGAUAGUAUACAUGACACUAAAAAAAUAUCCGCUGAUCUCAACAAGAUAGAAGGAUUGUAUCGUUGCAACUCGUAUUCUGAGGUACAGAAUGCAAUAGAAGUUUGGAAUUUGCCGUUUGAUCCAUCAGUCAUUAAAUUGGCAAGAGAGUUACUUAAGGUACAAAGUUUGAUGUCAGUUCAACGUCAGCUGGAUGAAAUACGUGAUGGAUAUUUAGGAAAAAAUUCGCAGCGAUCAUACCAGAAUGAUUUAAGGUUCAGACAACGCUUAAAUAAACUGCAAGAAAUGUGUGAGAAAUGUAAGAGAGGCUCUCACGAAUUUCAUUGGGAAUAUAGUAACAUGCAGAACAAGCAGCAAAUUUUGGAAAGUGAAAAAAAAGACAUGAUUUCACUUUCUUCAAAAUUAAAGUACAAUGUUCGUAUCCUAGAUAGGCGUGUAAGAGAUGUUGAGGCUAGUGUAGAUCAUUUUGAUCUCAAAUUGGAAGAUGUUAGAAAGAGGCUUCUGGAACAAAAUAAUAGCAAACAGAUAUCUCUUGCCUUAGAGAGUCCCUACGAUAAACUUGAGUUUGACACCUUCAUGGACUCUAUGGUGCAGUCUGAACAGACCAGGUAUGAAGGACUCUGCUUCAAAUUCCUAGACAAGAGAAGUCUUCGAAAGCUUAAGGAAGAAUUCUGGAAAUGGAGCACUUGGACAUUUGAUACUUUCUUAUACAAAAAUAGACCUAGCAAAGAGAAAGAUAUUCUAUGA